UGAACCUCCACCAGCAUCCUCCAGAUUCACGCCUCUCUCUCCCUGUGCCUGUCUCUCCGUCUGUCUGUCUCUCUGCCUGUCUGUCUCUCUGUCCCUCCACGCCUGUCUGUCUGCCCGCCGUGUGUCCGCCAUGGGGAACCGGGGCAUGGAGGACCUGAUCCCGCUGGUGAACCGGCUUCAGGAUGCCUUCGCCUCCAUCGGCCAGAACUCGAGUCUGGACCUGCCGCAGAUCGCGGUGGUGGGGGGGCAGAGCGCCGGGAAGAGCUCGGUCCUGGAGAACUUCGUGGGGAGAGACUUCCUGCCGCGAGGGUCAGGGAUCGUCACUCGCCGUCCGCUGGUGCUGCAGCUCAUCAACUGUCCCACAGGUACUUAUAUAUACUGCAAUACUACUAUAUAUACUAUAUUAUAUACAUUAUACUGGUGCUGCAGCUCAUCAACUGUCCCACAGACCACAGACCUGUGGAUGGAGACAGCGAGACUCAGCCAAGGACAGGGACGUGCAUUUGCAGCAUCUUCAUCAUCUACCAUGCAGGAAGCUGAAGCAGAGGACAGUGGGGACGACGCUGAAGAGGACA